UCAUUCACAAAGUACCGAUCCUAGGUCGACCACCGUGUCGAGGGGCGCGCCGAGUGUUACAACAGACCGUUAGCGAUAAAUGAAAGCGAGAGUCUAGACGGGCUUCUGAGGAUUUGCCGGUUUUGGUUGGGUCCUGGCCAUGUGUGUGUAAUGCUUUGCUCACAAGUUAAGGAAUGUUAAGGAUAUCUGGAUUUCUCAUGUUCAGCAGGAUGUAAGCUGUGGAGACUCUCAUAACACCAUCCACUGGUGACUACAACAUUUUGUCAUUAAAUUACACAGCAAUUCUUGAACUCUCAGUCAAGUAGACUAGACCAGAUACUCUCAGUCAAGUAGACCACGAUAGAUUUUGUGCAUUCAUCAAAACUCUCAGUCAAGCAGACCACGCUAGAUUUUGUGCAUUCAAUGAAAGACAAGAAGUGCCCAGAGUUUGUUUUCAUGCCAUUGAAAGAUGGAGCCGGAGGGCAACCCCCUAGGAGUAGUGAGGGGGUUGCUCAACCCCCUAGGAGUAGUGAGGGGGUUGCUAAAGAUGGAAGGUUGGCUGACCACAAAGAAGUGCGGUCCAAGAUUGUACUGGUGGGUCCAUGUGGUUGUGGGAAAACAGCCUUGAUUCAUCAAUACGUGCAUUCUUCAUUUCUGCAGACUUACGUUCCGACUGGCUUCGAUACCUACACAAGUCAGUACAGUGUGUCAGACAACUACAAAAUUUACAUGUCAAUAUGGGACACCUCAGGUGACGUGGGCUAUGACAGGGUCAGGCCCUUGUCCUACACAGAGUGUGAUUUGGUCAUUAUUUGUUUUGCCAUUGACAAACCAGAAAGUCUAGACGAUGUUGUCUCAAAGUGGUACCCUGAAGUGAAGGAGCAGUGCCCCAGUGUCCCCAUCAUGUUGGUAGGCUGCAAGUCUGACAUGCGCACACAGAUCAAGUCAAUGUCUCCUGACAAAGUCAGGCCUGCCUUUGUUACAUAUGACCAGGGCCUAAAGACAGCCAAGCACAUUGGAGCUCUGGUCUACUCUGAGACCUCAGCCAAACUCUCCCAGAGGAGCGUCAAUGAUGUCAUGGAGGUCGCUGCCCUCUCCUCAGCAGGCUCUAAGAAUGGCUGCUCAUUCAACAGCAGCAGCGGCACCACAACCACCGCCAGCAACGGCAGCGCUGGCAGCAGUGCCAACAGCAGCAGCAGUGGGGAGAGUCCCAGCUUCAGACGACAGCGCUCUUUUAGUCGAAGAAAAGGGUUUAGUGGCAUGAAUGAGGCCAAAGUUCACCUGCGUAAGGAAGCGGCCAAGAGCUGCAUUGUCAUGUGAUGAACUCAAGGGUCAUGUGACUGCUAGAUUUGGCCCAAUGUGAAUACACUGUAAAUAUAUAAAGUACAUUUCACCUGCUUUUCAAGGGAUUUUAUCUGUGGAUUUCUCCAUUUUAUUGAAAUCAUGGAUUUCUCCAUUAUUCUUUAAUAGAAAUCAUUGAGUUUGUAGAUCCAGUUCAUCUUGUUUAAUUACAGUAAUUCUAGUUUUGGGCUGUCAGCAGCUGAUUAUUAACACAUUAACAUAAUUGAGCUGUUAGCCAUCACUUCAUUUUGUGAUACAAGAAAACUAGCACACCUGCUGUGCUGAUCUGAACACAGCUCAUGUUAGACUACACACAAUACGUGUGUUUCUUUAGCACACCUCACAAGCUAGUCAUGAUAUUUAUUUAUCUGUUGCAUUUAUAGUUGGUUCACAGAUUCACUUGUAUUGGUUUGGUUUAGUUAGUCUAGACAUGUCAGCUUUCUAGUAAAAUGUCAGGUUCACUAGCUAGAAGAUGACUGUUAGCGAGGUGGGUUAACUGUGAAGGUUGGUGUUAGUUCAUUCCUGUUUCAAACUGAGCCAUCAUGUGUGAGAAAUGUAGGUUUGCGAUGUGCUUUCCUUGAGUGAUGUAAUAUAACACUGCAGUAUUGACUUAUUUAUUAUCCAUUCAAGAGAUUUAUGUCACCCUUUUAAUGUUGUCGUCUGUGUGGGUCACCCUGUUGUCACAAGUCACCCUGCUGUCUUGUGUAUCACACUGCUGUCUUGUGUAUCACUAUGCUGUCUUGUGCAUUACAGGGCUGUCUUGUGUAUCACCCUGCUGUCUUGUGCAUUACACUGCUGUCUUGUGCAUUACACUGCUGUCUUGUGCAUUACACUGCUGUCUUGUACUUGGCAGUGAGGAAUAUCUGAUGUCAGUUUGCAUGUACCUAGAAAUGUAUUUCAACUCUACCUGAAAAUAUUGCUAUGUAAAAAGACACUUGUUACACAGCUAAAUAUUUGUGCUGGCUGUUUGCUUCAGUGAUGCCAAGUAGCAGCAUAGCAAGUCAAACAAAAAUAUAUUUUGUCCAUGUUGGGUGUCUGACUAGCUGGGUGUCUGACUAGUUGGGUGUCUGAUUAGCUGGGUGUCUGAUUAGCUGGGUGUCUGACUAGCUGGGUGUCUGACUAGCUGGGUAUCUGAUUAGCUGGGUGUCUGACUAGCUGGGUGUCUGACUGUCUGGGUGUCUGACUAGCUGGGUGUCUGACUGUCUGGGUGUCUGACUAGCUGGGUGUCUGACUAGCUGGGUAUCUGACUAGCUGGGUGUCUGACUAGCCGGGUGUCUGACUAGCUGGGUGUCUGACUAGCCGGGUGUCUGACUAGUUGUAUGUCUGACUAGCUGGGUGUCUGACUAGCUGGGUGUCUGACUAGCUGGGUGUCUGACUAGCUGGGUGUCUGACUAGCUGGGUGUCUGACUGUCUGGGUGUCUGACUAGCUGGGUGUCUGACUGUCUGGGUGUCUGACUAGCUGGGUGUCUGACUAGCUGGGUGUCUGACUAGCUGGGUAUCUGACUAGCUGGGUGUCUGACUAGCUGGGUGUCUGACUAGCCGGGUGUCUGACUAGUUGUAUGUCUGACUAGCUGGGUGUCUGACUAGCUGGGUGUCUGACUAGCUGGGUGUCUGACUACCUGGGUGUCUGACUAGCUGGGUGUCUGACUGUCUGGGUGUCUGACUAGCUGGGUGUCUGACUGUCUGGGUGUCUGACUAGCUGGGUGUCUGACUAGCUGGGUGUCUGACUAGCUGGGUGUCUGACUAGCUGGGUGUCUGACUAGCUGGGUGUCUGACUAGUUGUAUGUCUGACUGACUGGGUGCUGUAUAAAACCUGACACAGAUCACAAAAGCUCUCCACAUCAUCUUGUUGUAUUUAUGUGACAUGUGAAUCUUAAACUGUUUUUUCUCCUUAUACAAAUAAUCCAUGAUUUAGUGAAGUAACACAACAGAUAUACUGUGGUCAAAUUUUCAUUGUAAGAAACCUGACCUAGUCAGCUGUUUCUUUAAAGGCCCUAGUUUGUGUUAUCUUUUUGUACACUCUCCAAUGUGAGGAGAUAGACAAUGUCAUUGCAUGCCCUCAGACAGCAUUGAAUGUUUAUUUAACCUGUGGAAGUGGCCUUAAUAAUUGUACUCAAUUUUACAUGAUCGCCAUCAAAGUGACCUUAUGACCUUGAUUGAUCGGCCAUUAAACAAUUUUUUCUUAAAAUUGGCAAAUACACCUGCUGCAUAACAUGGGGUCCAGUGUGUGCCAGACAACUCUGACUAGUCCACGGAAGGGGCUGAUUGUAUGGGUUAUUUCCCUUUCCUAGACAUGGCGCAGUGGUUCACGCCAUCAGAAGAUGGAAGACAUGACCUUGGCAUUGCUGGCUACUUGGGACUCCCAUAUUUUAAGUCUUUCAUUGUUUCAUUGUUCAAUUUUUAUUGUGAAAUGUUUUUUUUUUCUUAUUAAAUGAUUACUAGUUAUAAAAUGGUUGAAAAAUU